AUCCAAUACCAUUGAAGCAAAAUGUAACGAUUAUAGCCAAACACACCGUUGUCGGAGAUGCUCUGAUACACAGUUUUAAGUUUAAACACUCUUAGGCGGCGAGGCCAUAUCGGCAAAUUCAUAUUAUUUUUGCGAUUUACGUUAUGAAUUGAAACAAAAAUUUCUACUGGAAUCAUGUCCGAAUGAAUUGAGGCAAUAUUGCGAAGAGUGGGUUACAGAUCAAGUGAGGUUGACCACCCACGUUUGGAAUCAAGCAAGUUACUUGCAAAGUCUUCCAUGAUUAUCACCCGUGAUCUUCUUCUGGAUCACAAGAUUGUUUGGUAGCUAGACAAGUGAAGAAAUAAAUGGCCUACUACAGUGUCGUGUCUUCAAUUCCAACUAUGAACAACUCACAUUUCAGAAUGCAUUUUCUUCCUGACAGGUAGUUGUCAACUCGAACAACUCAGAAUAAGUGAACACUAUUGUGCCUUGCUGGUGAUUAGAGUCGGAUUAAGCUGGAGCUCAAAUGUGGUUGUAUUAAUUCGAAACCUUUUUAAGCAAUAAAUCAUCUGAUAUCAUAUUGACUGAUUAAUUAUUUGUUUUUGCACUAGAUCAUACCUAGCGAAAUCACUAAUUUACAAUUGUUUUUGGUAUAAUGAGAUACGAAAAAAAAUGGUAGGAUAGAAAUGAAAUAUUCCUUCUUUAAUUCGGUUCUUUGAAUUCUGAUUUAGGCUAGGAAUGAAACCGUGUAAAUAAAGAUAAAUUUGAACAUCUGUGAAAAAUAUAGUAUUCCAGUUUUAUACAUAAGGUUUAACAGUUUUACCAGUUGACAUGCAACUGAUUCAGCUAUUGGUUUUGUUUAGCUACUUGCUCUUUUUGCUUCCUUCUCUCUGUAAUUCCUCUUCCUGAUCUUUUUCCUUCUACCAGCUGCUCUUCAUUUGUUGCAGUAGUAGCAACCAGAUAUCCAUCCGUUUCUUUUUUUUGCAAUCCAAUCAUGGUUGGUCUAGCUGACAUUCCAUUCGUAGGAAAAUUUGUGGAAAGAAUAUCUGAUAAUACAGUUGAUGCAGUGUUUCGUGGUUUGCGGUAUUUGUUCUGCUACAAGGCUCUUGUUGAUGAACUCAGUUCCGAAACUGAGAAACUUAAUAUCGAGAAGGACAAGAUGUCCAGGAAAGUUAAUGAAGAAAAAGAUAAUGGCAAAAUAAUCGAAGACUAUGUAUUGAAAUGGCAAAACAGUGUGGAAGAGAUCCAGAAGAGUGACGAACAGUUUUCACCUUCGUGCACCUGCAUCCAGAGUCUGCCAAUUCCCAAUCCGGUCUCUCGUUUUCAACAGGGCAGGAAUGCAGCAAAGAAGGGCAAGACUGUAACUAAACUCGCUGUCUCUGGAAGGGAUUUGCUAGGUGGAGAGAUUGCACACCUUCCGCUGGUUCAGAAUAUGCCAAAAUCUGGUACCACAUUUGAGGAGUUUCAAUCCAGAAAAGAUGCUUAUGGGAAGCUGUGGGAUAUGCUGGUAACCGAUGAUAGUUCUCUGAUCCAUGGCAUCUAUGGAAUGCCAGGAGUUGGCAAAACUCGAAUGAUGGAAAAAAUUUGGGAAGACACCAUGAAGGAGAAAAUUUUCAACAAGGUGGUACGAGUAAGCGUGGGCAGUGAAAAGUUGAACAAAGCAAAUUUACAAGACCAGAUCGCAGCCCGUCUUGAUUGCAAACUGGAAUGGGAAGAUGUGGAACAAAGAGCUUCUCAGCUGGAAGAGAGUUUAAGGAAUGGGGGUAAAAUUCUCCUUAUAUUAGACGACGUAUGGAGGGAGAUUCCCUUAUACGAUAUCAUUGGAACUUCAUUUGGCAAUGGUAGUAGUUCCAAGGGUUCUAAAAUCCUCUUGACAUCUCGAGCAAAAGAUGCAUGCUUGAUUAACAAGUGCGAGCAUCCUGUGGAGGUUAAAACCUUGAGUCUAGAUGAAGGUUUGUAUCUGUUCAAGAAUACUGUUGGUCCUGAUACAAUUAACUCUCUGCAGGAUGAAUCCCUGGUACAAAAAGUGUGUAAUGAGUGUGGUCAAUUACCAUUACUCAUUCAUGCAGUUGGCAAAGCACUGAAAGACAAGCCUCAUGAUUUGUGGGAGGAUGCAUACAAUCAACUCAAGAGAGGCAAAUUUGAAAACAUUGUUGGAGUAGAACCACAAGUAUAUGCAUGUAUCAAAUUAAGUAUUGAUAACUUAAAACAUGAUGAUGCCAGGUCAUGUCUUUUUCUCUGCUCCUUUUUUCCUGAAGAUGCGAACAUCCGUAUGAAGAUGCUGAUCCAGUUGGCAACAAGCUCGCACCUUAUACCCGACGAAGAAUCGAGAAUAGUUGCAAUGGUUCACCAUCUCAAGACAUCUUCUUUGUUGCUCGACUCUGAAGAAGAGAAUUAUAUUAAAGUCCAUGACAUCAUCAGAGAUGUAGCAAGAUCCAUAGCUUUCACAGAUUCAAAAUACGCAUUUUUACAAGUUACAUGCAACUCAGGGUACUUGCCUUCUAAUGCCAAUUAUUGUACUCGAAAGUUCUUACGUUUAGAUGUGGAGACUAAUGAUAUUCAAUUCAAUGAGGAUCUGGUAUGCCCAGAUCUGCAUACCUUAUGGAUAUAUGGCAACUGCUAUCGACAACAAUUCACAGGUUGCUUCUUCAAUAUGUUUCUGAAUCUCAGUUUUCUGAUGCUAGAAUGUGUGAACAUUUCUUUGGAGCAGUUCUCUCUUCAACCCUUGGGCAAUCUCGAGACACUUACUUUAUUAAAGUGUGACAUAAGGAAGACAAAUGUUAGUCUCUUCCCCAGGAGCCUCAAAACCCUUUGUAUUUGUCAUUGUGAUCUCCCAAGUCCACUGGAUUUCGCAAACCUUAAAUAUCUUCAAAUGCUAAAGAUCCAACAACAUGAACCUCAGUUGGUUAUGGUGUCAAAUGCCAUAUCUAGUCUAUCCAGUCUCAAAGAUUUACAUAUACCAAAUGGUUUCGUCAUUGACUGUGAAGAAUAUAAAAUGGAGUCCAUCGUGACGGAGAUCAGUAAAUUGACUCGAUUGACAAGUUUACGUUUUCAUUUCUAUGAUGACAUUACUUUUCAAGAUACAAAUAUUCUUUCAAAUAUAGAUAGAUACGAUAUAUUUGUAGGGUGGCUAAUGAGGAAUAAAGCAUAUAAAUUUGAUUAUUCAACACGAGAGGAGAGAGUUCCAUUGUCAAGGUCGAUUGAGUUGCUUGAUAAUCAUUCGAAACCCUGGGAAGGUUUGAUCGCAAGGGCUGAAGUAGUGAGAAUAUUGAACAGCGAUGUUGAAAUGAAUAGAAUUCGCGAGGGCCACAGAAGAGCAUUUGACAAAUUGAGAGAACUGUACCUUUAUGGAUGCCACAAAAUGAGGCAUCUAGCGCAGGAUGAGAUUCAGUAUAGUCUUCAACCGUCGACAUGUUUCUCCAAACUUACCAGUUUAGAAAUUAGUGCCUGCUCUAAAUUGAAGUACCUGUUCUGCAACAACAUUGCAAAAGGUCUGGUACAACUGCAAGAGUUCAUUGUAGAACAUUGUGAAUCUAUGGAAGCCAUCAUAGUGAAUGAAGUUGGCCCAAGUGAUGGAGAAAUCAUAAAUUUCUCAAAACUGAAAUCGCUGAAGAUAUCAAAUAUGCCUAGACUAGCAGGCUUCUAUGCUGAGAAGAAUUUCAUGCAUUCAGGUUUAAUGGACCAUCCAAAGGUUGCAUUCCCUUCCUUGGAAAAGUUGGAAUUUAAAUCUUUGCGAGAUUUAAGUGCUAUAUGGGGAAAACACUGCUGCAAUGACACCAUAUCAACCUCCUUAUGCAAAUUAAAUAAUCUUCGUGUACACAGCUGUGACAAACUUGAAAUUUUGAUCCCGCAUCCCAUGUUGCACAGGCUAACUAAUCUGGAAUAUAUAAAAAUUGAAGAAUGCAACAGCUUGAAAACCAUGUUUCCACAUUCUGUUGGCAGUGAUCUUUCGCACCUUAAGGAAUUGAGGGUAAAAAAUUGUGAGGAGCUGAGACAGAUUUUUAACGAGGCAGGUGAACAAGUAAUCACAGAUGACGCACUGUUCCUUGAGUUAACAGAUCUAGAGCUUGUUCAUUUGCCAAGUUUGACGAGCUUCUGGUGUUACCAAAGUGGGAAAGCUAAUACUUGCCUGGUUCCAUUCAGACUCCCUCAACUCUCGUCGAUUUCUCUUCACCGCUUGCCUAAUCUUAGAAGGCUUUUUCAUGGGGCAAAUUUCAAGUUCCAUGUACCUGCUUUAAAGAUGGUAGAAGUUACUGAAUGUGGACUCUCAACUCUAUUCACGUUCUCUAUGUUCAAAAAUUUCCAACUACAAAAUUUAGAAGUAAGGAAUUGUGAAUUGUUGGAGAACAUUGUUGAGGAUCUACGGGGCGAUGAGAUUUACGACAAGAUUAUCACUCUCUCACAACUCACAAUAGUCAUGUUUGAAAAUUUGCCAAACCUCAGAAGUUUUUUGCACAAUGCAAAUUUCAAGUUCCAUAUGCCUGCUUUAAAGGUGAUGAAAGUUAUUGACUGUGGACUCUCAACUCUUUUUACGUUUUCUAUGUUCAGAAAUUUCCAACUCAAUUAUUUAGAAGUAAGGAAUUGUGAAUUGUUGGAGAACAUUGUUAAGGAUCCAAGGGGUGAUGAAUCUUGUGACAAGAUUAUUACACUCUCUCAACUCACAUCAGUUCACCUUGCAAGAUUGCCAAACCUCAAAUGUUUUUUCCAUGGUGCAAAUUAUGAGUUCCAUAUGCCAGUUUUAACUAACGUAUUAGUUCGUUCAUGUGGAAUUUCUGAUACUCUUCUUAAGUGCUCUGUCUUGAGGAAUCUCAAAGAACUUCAAACAUUAGAAGUAUUCGAUUGCGAAUUGUUGGAAGGCAUCUUUGAGGAUGCAAGGGGCAAUGAAACAUCUGAUAUCAGUGACAGGACUAUCACACUCUCUCGACUCUCACUGCUUCAUCUUGAAAAUUUACCAAAGCUCAAAAGUAUCUUCAACAGUGCAAAUUAUGAGGGCAAUCUGAUGGCUUUAGUGAGAGUGAAAGUUGUUAAUUGUGGACUCUCUACUCUUUUCAGGUGUUCUGUCUUCCCAGAUUUCCAACAACUCUAUGAAUUAGAAGUAGUUGACUGCAGAUUGUUGGAACACAUUGUUGAGAAUGUAAAGGAUGAAACUUCUGAUUCAUAUGGCAUACUGUUCCCUCAGUUGACAAUACUAAGGCUGGUUAAUUUGCCAAGUUUGACGAGCUUUUUGUGUUAUCAGAGCAGGAAAGCUAAUACUUGCAAGGUGGCAUUCAGACUCCUUCGACUCUCAUCACUUGUUCUUGCAUACUUGCCUGAUCUCAAAAGUUUUUUUCAUGGUGCAAAUUUUGAGUUCCAUAUGCCAUCUAUAAAGAGCAUGCUAGUUCGUGACAGCGGAUUAUCAAGUACUCUUUUUACACGGGCUGUCUUCACAAAUUUCAGACAACUUGAAGAAUUAAGAGUAUAUAAUUGUGAAUUGUUGGAAGGCAUCUUUGAGGAUGCAAGUAGGGAUGAGAGUUUAGCUACGAGUGACAAGAUCAUCACACUUGAUCGACUUUCUCUGGUUCAUCUUCAAGGGUUACCAACAUUCAAAAGUUUUUUCUUUGGUGCAACUUACGAGUGCUAUAUGCCGGCUUUAGAGAAUGUGAGAAUUGUAAACUGUGGAUUCUCUGUUUUAUUCACGUGCUCGGUGUUUCAAGAAAUCCGACAACUUGAAAUAUUACACGUAUCUUACUGUGAAUUGUUGGAACGCAUUGUUGAGGAGGUUGGGGAUGAGGAAACUUCUGAGAUAGAUGGUAAGAGUAUCGAGUCUGCUCAACUCUCAUCAAUUACUCUUAAAUAUUUGCCAAACCUCAAAAGUUUUAGCUGCACUUCGAGCUAUGUUUUCAGUAUGCCCAAAUUGAAAAUUUUUAUGCUUAUUAAGUGUCCUCAGAUAGAAUAUUUCAGUUCCUCAAAAACAAACACACCUUUUGUACGUGUUUCUAGCGACCGGUGCAGUGAAGAAGAUUUUCAAGACUUGAACGACUACAUAAGACAGAAUUACAAAGGAGAAAGUGACUUGAGUGACAGUGAUGAAGAAUCGAGUUAUAGUAGUCAAGAGCCGGGAACACUAUCAGAGAGAAUUGUUGAAGAAGGAGAAUCGAGUUACACGAGUCGAGAGCUGGGAACACAAUCAGAGGGAAUUGAAGAAGAAAAGCCUCAGGAAACUGAGACUGAUCUACCUGACAGUUCUCCUGAAGAAGACUGAACUUGUACUGUUGUAAAUCUCUCCUAACAUCAAACAAAAUUACAUUUAUUUGUGUUAUUAAUCUUCCUAGGAUGUUAUCGGUUGUUUAAGCAUGGGUUCAAGAUGGAGUAAUUGCUGGAUCAUCUGUGCGCUUUUAUGAUGAAAUAAUUAUAUUAAAUUUAGCACUUCUGUA